CGAGUGGCAGGUGUGCGCAGCGGGUGAUUUACGCAGCCCGUUGAGGAACUCUUGUCAAAAAUCUCACUCAUUUGGCAUGCGGGAAGGUAAAGAGGAUAACGGGAAGAGUUGGCAUUAGCAGAAUGAUCAGUACUGGUCUUGACGUCCUUUCAUGAACGUUCCUAUUCAAUAUGAAGUGAUCAGAUGCCUGUUUAAACGGAAUGCUCAGCUGACAGAGCUUGACAGCAUGCCUAUGAUGUCAUCAUCCGCUCCAUGGGUUUUGAAACUCUGAUUACUUUGGCCAAGCGUCUCUCUGCGCCAGAGCAUCAGUCUGACACUAAAGUGCACCUCAGUGCUCUGAACCACCGUCACUGUGUGAGGAGCUCCAGCAGCCUGCUGAAGCUGUGUCUGUAUGGAUAGGAAUGGGAGCACUGGCUGUCUGCACUGUACACACACGGACCACAUGGAAAUAUUCCAUUUUCAUUUUACUGUUGCUGACACUCCUUUUAGCUCAACAAGCGUCGUCCCAGUGUCGGAUCCUGAGGUGUAACUCCGAGUUUGUGGCGGCAACUUUGGACCUGGGCGGCAGCAGUAGUGGCGGGAAAGAGUCGGGAAAUGCAGGAUACUGCAGCGCGUUGCGCUCCUACGCCCUCUGCACCCGUCGCACGGCCCGCGCCUGCCGCGGUGACCUGGCCUACCACUCUGCUGUGCAGGGCAUUGAGGAUUUGCUCAUCCAGCACCGUUGCCCUAAAACAGGCCCCACGGCCCAGCCCCGACCCCCACCCCAAGCACCGCUCUCCGGGGACGCCUGCUUCUACGAGAGGGGCUACGUGCAGCGGGAGGGCCGCACCCCGGACUACCUGCACUGUGGUGUGUUCGGGGACCCUCACGUCCGUACAUUCAGUGAUGAGUUCCAGACAUGCGCUGUGGCCGGAGCCUGGCCUCUUGUAGACAACCAGUACCUCUACAUACAAGCGACCAGCUCGCCCACUAGAGGGGGCGCUUACGCCACUGCACUUACCAAGAUCACCAUUAUCUUUAAGAACUGGCGCGAAUGCGCGGAGCAGCAAAUCUACCAGGCGGAGCUGAACAACGUGCCGCCGGCUUUCGUGGACGGUUCCACGAGCAGCGGCGAGAGGCGGGGCCAGCACAGCCUGCUUGUGCGCUCCCAGGCGCCGGGGCAGCACGCUGAGAUCUGGGCGGCGCACAUCGGCACCACGCUGGUGGUGCGGCAGAUCGGACACUCGCUCAGCCUGGCCGUGCGCUCGCCGCGCGCCAUCGUAGAGUCGUACGUGCCCGAGCAAGACCUGCAGCUCUGCGUGUGGGGCUGCCCCGCCUCCCAGCGGCUGCAGAGACCGGGCGCGCCACCCGAGACGCAUGCCCACUGCUCGGCGCUGCUGCCAGCGCAAGACGUCUACUACCAGGCCUGCCUUUUCGAUGUGCUCGCCACCGGCGACGCAAACUCCAGCACCUCAGCUCUGCACGCUUUGGAGGAUGCUCGAGCCAUGAUCGCCGACCCAGAGAAGGUGCACCUGCGGGCAGGCGCAGUGGGCGGGAUUCGACCACAGCAGGCCACGCUAUUGGCUGUGACUCUCCUCACUCUGACACAUGCACUUUGAAUGUGUGACUGAUAUCACUCAAAUGGCAGCUAUUUCCUAAGAGUAGAAAAUCAUCAUGAAUGCCUCAUUCACUACAUACUGUCAAAAUUAAUCUUUUUAAACUUUGUUUUGCCUCCGUACAUGUCAAAGAAACAUGGUGAUAUGUAAACUAAAAAUAUCAGCUAAGAAAUUGCAUUAAUAUAUAUUUUUAUGCAUACGUUGAAAGGUAAAUACUGUACAUGGGUUAAGUUGAAGGGUAAAUACUGUACAUGGGAUACAAAUAUUGAAAGACAGCAUUAUGAAUAAUAUGCCUGAAAGAAUUUUCAUUGGAAAAGUUAACAUACUCAAAAUAUCCUUGAAAAGAUGGUCUGGAACUGUCUUGUAGAGAAUGAGUUCAGUAUUAUAUAUUUCCGUGUAAAUUACUCCACUGAUAAAAAUGUUUAAAUCUUGAUAUGAUCUUUUUUCAUUUCAUGUUAAAAGCAUCAAAACUUGUGAAUUGUUUACAUCUUAUCGUAAAAACAUCAAUGUGACUCAGUUUUUUAAAAAACAGUGUUUAAAAAAUCAACUACUCUGUCUAUAGAAUUGUCAAAUUUUUUUUAUGUGAUCACAUAUACAUGCAAAUAGACCAGUAAAAAGUAGACACACUGA